AUGCUUCUUGCUUUAAGAAGAAAAGCAAUCCACGGCAUUCGUUUCUCCAGUGGUAAAUGUGGUCAGAAUUUGAGUGGCUCCACGAUAGGACCGAAAUUUACCAGCGAUAAAGAGGUUGAAGAAUUUUUGAGUAAGAGUACAUGGGAUGUACGAGAAUAUGUUCCCUCAUCGGUAGAUGAGAAAUUGAUUCCAUCAGAAGAAACUGUGGUGAGAUUGUUAAAGAUUUCCGGACUUCCAAUAAAGAAUAUAGACCAGAUUCAAAUCAGGCUUGCGAACCAACUUUCGUUCAUCAACCGUUUGCAUAAUCUUCCUGUUGACGAAAAUAUAAAUCCAAACCAUGCAAGAAUUAUAGAAAGGAAUCCAACUCCGUUGGAUUACGAGGGAUUAAUCAAAGGGAUUGCAAGCCAGCAGAAAUCGGACUCAUUGGGCGAAAUAAGCGGAUCAUGGGAUCCUACCAAAACCGCUGCAGUGAAAAGAGAUGGGUUUUUCAUCUUAAGGGAAGGCCUACUUAAGGGAAGAGAUUGA